AUGUACACGACUCUCCCUAAUGGCAUCAAAGUCUUCUAUCGGGAAGCAGGCUCUCCAAGCAAGCCCACAAUUCUCCUGUUACAUGGUUUUCCGUCCUCCUCAAAUCAAUACCGGAAACUGAUCCCUAUUCUCGCCGAUAAAUACCAUGUUAUCGCUCCAGACCUACCUGGCUUUGGUUUCACAGAAAUACCUGCCUUCUUGAACUUCGAGUACACUUUCGCCAAUCUCGCUACUACCAUCGGAGCCUUCCUUGACGUUCUCAAUAUCCAGAAAUUCGCCGUGUAUGUGUUUGAUUAUGGUGCCCCGACAGGAUUUCGCCUGGCGCUUGAGCGGCCGGAGGCCAUUACAGCCAUCAUUUCUCAGAAUGGCAAUGCCUAUGAAGAAGGCUUGUCGUCAUUUUGGGAUCCCCUUCGGAAACUGUGGGCUUCUGAUGCCGGGUCUGACGAGGAGAAGCAAUUGCGCGAGAUGAUCUCGGGCGCCAUCUUGUCUUUUGAGGCCACAAAGGAUCAGUAUCUGAACGGAGAGCCUGAAGCUGAAAAGAUUGAUGAUCCAGCGACAUAUCAUCUCGACUAUGCCCUCAUGUGCCGGCCGGGCAACAAGGAGAUCCAACUUGAUCUAUUCAGGGACUAUGGCACUAACGUCGCACUGUAUCCCAAGUUUCAGGCGUACAUGCGGCAGAGCAAUGUUCCUGUGCUAGCGGUAUGGGGCAAGAACGAUAUCAUCUUCCCGCCUUCGGGAGCGGAAGCCUUCAAGAGGGAUGUGAAAUCCCUGAAACUGGUGUUGUUGGAUGGUGGACACUUUUUAGUCGAGAGCCACACGGAAGAGAUAGGGAAGUUGAUGCUGGAUUUCUUGGCCGGGGAGGGGAUUUGA